ACCCUUGCUCGAUCCCCUCUUCUCAUGUGACUUUCAGUCAGCUGUCGUGCAGGUGUUAUCAGUCAUAAGUUUACAGAAUUAAUACAUAUUCUUGACAUCUGCCUUUGACUUUUUCGUUACAAUGGGUGCUUCCCUAAUUCCUGUAAUUAUUUUCACAUUGUUGUGGGGUGUUGUUGGCAUUGUUUUGCCUUUCAUUGUUCCCAAAGGACCCAAUCGAGGUAUCUUCCAGUUGGUUCUCAUAUUAACAGCUUCAACAUGUUGGCUAUUUUGGUUGUGCUGUUACAUGGCACAAAUGAAUCCUCUAAUUGGACCAAAGCUGUCGAACAGGACUCUUCUUCUAAUGUCAAGAGCAUGGGAUGGCAAGGUUCCUACUUAAAUAUCUGCAAGCUUUCUACAAAAUUAUCAUGAACAAACCAUCAACUGUUCUUAAUCAGCUUUGUUGAUAUUUUUAUGUUUCUCUGGGAAAUUAUGGUUGUUAAAACAUUCCAUCAUAGCUCAAAUGGGUAGAGACUUUCGUCAACACUCCCUACCACUGUAAAAUGAAGUAUCAAUAGUUCAGUAUUUGCUUAAGCUGGUUGUAAUGGUCAGGAAGCAAGGUUACCCAAGUAUAUUUCAUGAACUUUUUUUCUUUGUACUGUAUAUAGUCCUUCUUGUGUAUGAUUGUAUAUUUAUCGGAAUUUAAAGAAAUCGAAUGUGUGUUGUUCUAGAUGUAUGGUUUUAUGUGCAUUUGAAAUUUUGCUUGGAGUUUCAGAAUUUGGUGAUGUCUGCCAGUGAAGUAAGUGUUUAGUUCUUGAUGAUAGAGAAUCAAUUCAAUGUACUUACCAUUACAGAAAAAUUCUAUUAAUUCGGCUAGUGUGCAAUGUAAUAUAUCACUAAAAUUUCAAGUUAAAUUUGUUCGUAAAUUAGAAUUUUCUGGAUCUAUUUAAUUGCUUUUGACCACAAAUAAAAUCAAUCAAUAACGGAA